AUGACGGGGUAUUUUGAUUCAACAACUGUCAAUAGUGCAAAAGCUGUUAGUUUUAUAUGGGUUGAAACUUUUAAAUUAAAAGUUUAUGCACCUGCAAUUUUACCAUUCUUGGCGGUAUAUGUAGUUUUAAUGAUGGAAGCUAUUGGUGAUAUAACUGCUACUUCAGAUGUUUCAAGAUUAGAAGUUGAAGGAGAAAUGUAUGAAUCAAGAAUUCAAGGUGGUGUUUUAGCAGAUGGUUUAAAUGGUAUUAUUGCUGGAUUAAUGACUGUUACUCCAAUGUCAGUUUUUGCUCAAAAUAAUGGUGUUAUUGCAAUUACAAAAUGUGCUAAUAGAACUGUUGGUUAUUGGUGUUGUUUCUUUUUAAUAAUAAUGGGUAUAUUUGCAAAAUUUGCUGCUGCAAUUAUUUCAAUUCCAAAAGCUGCUUUAGGUGGAUUAACAAGUUUCUUAUUCUGUAGUGUUGUUGUUGCUGGUAUAAAGAUUAUUUCAGGUACUGAAUUUUCAAGAAGAGAUAGAUUUGUAUUAACAGCUUCAAUUUUACCAGGUUUAGGUGCAACUUUAGUACCAGAUUGGUUUAGUAAUGUUUUCACUUAUUCUGGUGAUAAUCAUGCAUUAUCGGGAUUUUUUAAUGCUAUCGUUUUAGUCAUGGAAUCAGGAUUUGCAGUUACUGGAUUAUUAGGAGUUAUAUUAAAUUUAAUUUUACCACAAGUUCAUGAUGAUGUUGAAGAAAUUAAUGAAUUAGUAUUAGAAACAGUUGGUUCAACUGAUGAACAUGCAAGAGAACAAUUUGCUAAAAAGGAAGGAAUAACUGUUGAACAGUUGAAAUCUCAAAUAUCAAAUAAUCAUCAAGGUGUAUCUAGUGUUAGAUCGUCUGAUGGUAUACCUGAUUUACCAUAUCAUAAAUAA